AUGGAAUUGAUGGAGGGUUCUCUGGCUGAGGCCAUGUCCAUGUGGGGUCCAAAUCAUCUGGUCGGCUCCGUUGCUCACUUACAAGUGAUCAGAUUUGUCAGCGCAAGCCUGCUUCACACACUGGCUCGGCUGAACUAUGGCACGAGCAAAAGCCUGGUUCAUCGCGAUGUGAAGCCUGACAACAUCAUGAUUGACAGCUUAGGGGCCAUCAGGCUUGGUGACUUCGGCAUCUCAAAGGUGGUGGAGAAGGUGCAGGAGUACAGCCGGGCUUCUACAGGCGGACCAGAGGCCUUUGCAUCGCCAGAGGCCAUGGAAGACAACAUCCAAGCCCACAGGACCAGUGACCUGUACUCGCUCGGCAUGGUAAUGCUGGCAAUGAUGCUUGUCAAAGCAAAUGGAGCAGGAAUCCCUCGAGAUUGGCAGAGCCAGAAAAUGAAGCUUGAAGACAGCGUUCCGCAAGAUUGGCCGCCGCACAUUUCACAUGCAUUCCGGUGCUUGAUGAAAGCUCUUUUGGAAAGAUCUCCGAAGAGGCGGGGCUUCAACGAGCGCAUUCCCAAGAACAUGACCCCUCAUCGAAUAGUUCUGGCGCAUCCCUUCUUUUGGUCUUCCCAGAAAGGCCUACGCUUCCUUGUGACAUUGGGAACCUACAGGAUGAAUUCGCGCGACACGGACAUUGCGGCUGACCUUGGUGUCUUCCGGAAUCUGAGGAGCGAGGUGCAUUCUGCUAUCGAGCAUGCCUUGCCAGAGGGUAAGGCUUCAUGGUUUGACAUAGUGCAGGACCUGGAGCAGACCGGCAAGCAUGAGACGGCAGAUUAUUGGAAGCAGGAGCCUUUCGGCCUGCUCAAGUUCAUUCGGAACAAGUACAUACACUUGAACGACUCGGAUAUGAGUGUAGAGGUCCGCACGAAACUCUCCCAGCACGUCUUCCAGCACCGCUUCCCGCAGCUGGUGGCACGCAGCUGGGAGGCCCUCCUCGAUUCCAUUGACAUAAUCCAAAACUAUGUGCAGCAUGCCCAGCUCUAUGAAUUCUUCGAGCGACCUGUUGAAGUGGAGUGGUUUCGAAGUAUGUAG